UGCGGAGCAGGGCCCCGCGGGCGCCUCGGCCCGGCCCCGACGGAGCGGGGGCUUCGCCGACUUCUUCGCCAGAAACCUUUUUCCAAAAAGGACAAAGGAUCUCAAAUCAGUUGUCCAUAGUGCCCCUGGUUGGAAAUUAUUUGGUAAAGUCCCUCCAAGAGAAAAUCUUCAGAAAACUUCCAAAAUCAUUCAGCAGUUUACAGUUCCCUGCUGAAAUUUCAAGCUUGGCCUUUAUCUCCUUAAACAUAGAAUAUGAAGCACGAACAGGGAGGACCUGUAAACCACCACCUCAGUCUUCAAGACGUAAGAAUUUUGAAUUUGAGCCCCUUUCUACCACUGCCCUGAUUCUUGAGGAUCGGCCAUCAAAUCUUCCUGCCAAAUCUGUGGAAGAAGCUUUACGUCAUCGACAAGAAUAUGAUGAAAUGGUGGCUGAGGCUAAAAAACGAGAAAUUAAAGAAGCGCAUAAAAGAAAAAAAAUAAUGAAGGAACGAUUUAAACAGGAGGAAAAUAUUGCAAGUGCAAUGGUAAUUUGGAUCAAUGAAAUCCUGCCCAAUUGGGAAGUAAUGCGUAGUACGAGAAGAGUUCGAGAAUUGUGGUGGCAGGGAUUGCCCCCUAGUGUUCGUGGGAAAGUUUGGAGUCUAGCUAUAGGAAAUGAACUAAAUAUCACUCCUGAACUUUAUGAAAUCUUCCUUUCAAGAGCAAAAGAACGGUGGAAAAGCUUCAGUGAAACAAGUUCAGAGAAUGAUACAGAAGAAAAUGCAGGUGUGUCUGUUGCUGAUCGGGAGGCUAGUCUGGAAUUGAUUAAGUUGGACAUAUCCCGUACAUUUCCAUCUCUCUACAUUUUUCAGAAGGGUGGCCCAUACCAUGAUGUCUUACACAGUGUCUUAGGGGCGUAUACGUGUUACAGACCUGAUGUUGGUUAUGUCCAAGGGAUGUCUUUCAUUGCAGCUGUACUCAUUCUCAAUUUGGAAGAGGCAGAUGCCUUCAUUGCAUUUGCAAAUCUCCUGAAUAAACCAUGCCAGCUAGCUUUUUUCCGUGUGGAUCACAGCAUGAUGUUGAAAUAUUUUGCAACAUUUGAAGUAUUUUUUGAAGAAAAUCUCUCCAAGCUAUUUCUUCAUUUCAAAUCUUACAGUCUUACACCAGAUAUAUACUUGAUAGACUGGAUCUUCACACUAUAUAGCAAAUCACUACCACUUGAUCUGGCCUGUCGAGUCUGGGAUGUAUUUUGCAGAGAUGGGGAGGAAUUUUUAUUUAGGACUGGAUUAGGAAUCCUCCGAUUAUAUGAAGAUAUUCUCCUCCAGAUGGACUUUAUCCAUAUAGCACAGUUUCUUACUAAAUUGCCAGAUGAUAUCACAUCAGAAAAGCUGUUCAGCUGUAUUGCAGCCAUUCAGAUGCAGAAUAGCACCAAAAAAUGGACUCAGGUCUUUGCAUCUGUAAUGAAGGAUAUUAAAGAAGGAGACAAGAAUAAUAGUCCUGCUCUGAAAAGCUAAUCUUCAAAGUGUACAGACUAAUUGAAAUUUUAAAAAAUGGAUUUUUUAAUAAAAGUUUUUUUGUUUCCAAUGUAAAAAGCAUGGGAGAAAAUGUUGGAGAAAUCUAAAAGGAUCAAGACAUGGAAAAUUGCUGAUUUUAAAUUCUUUGACUAAAGUAAAUGAAAUCAGUAACUUAUUGACAGUAUUAAUAAGUAUUUUGUAGGCAGAAUGAUUUUACAAUGGAGAAAGUUUAAAUUACUAGUUCGUACUCCAUAAUUUGGAGUGAACUGUUUAAUGCAAUAAAUUUUUCUAACAGUUUUGGAAAGAUAUUUCAAAUUUUUACAACAUCUUUACUUUUUUUACAGUUACCAUAAAGGCACUUUGGAGGUCAGAGCAGGAUUGUUAAAUACUACUUUAACUUCCAAAGUACCAUUUGAAAUAAACACCUCAGUACAGAUAUCUCCAGUUCCAACUUUUAAUAGAUACCACUAACGAAGAAGAAGCAACUUUGAUUGUAAAUUAUUUAUGUCACUGAAGUUGUUUAUCUUUACUCACAGGUUGGGACAAAUUGGGUUACCUGGGAACUGGAGUUUUUUUAGCAUCUGUUUAGAUGUUUUUUUUCAAAGUAUCAUGUCUUUUUGUUUUGAAGUGAAAUUGUUUCUCUUCUGUAAUUUUUGCCUUUUGGUUUCUGGUUUUGUUCAUCUGGUAAUUUAAGAAAGCUAACUGAUUAAGAGGAUAUAGUUGUUUGCACUUUAGUGGACUGAAGACUUGAUUAUUGGGAUUAAGUCCAUAAAUAUAAAUGAAGUUUUUCACUGGUAAGAGUAAUAAGUAAUGAAUUCUGAGAGUUGUUAAAUAGCAUGCUACUUGGCAGGACUAAAUUUUUUAGUUAAAAUUCCUUGACUUUGUAGAAACAAAAUAUGUUAAUUCCAGUUUGAAAUUUGAAAUCUUAGUAUGUAGCCAAGUCCAUGUCUUAUAAUAAAACACUAUGGCAUAAUUUUUUAAUCAAUGGAAAUAAGAGUUAAAAAAAAAAGAUAAAAUUAACUUUUUUCUUAUGAGUCUAACUGAUGGUAUAGUAAAGAAAUUAUUAAUUAUUGUUAAAUUGACAUUAAAUUUAUUAUAUAUUUAUGUUUUGAACCUAAAAUAAAUCACUUGAGUAUUGAAGAGUGAUAUUGUUUAAAAUGCUAUUUGGUUAAUAGAUUUAUAGUGUGCUUUUAUGUUGUAUUCUAUUUUGAAACAACACUUAAGCACCCUAUUUCUGUUAGUGGUAGAUAGUCUUCAAGCUAACAAGCCUGAGAUUUUUUAUUAGUGUAGUGACUGCCUUUUAAGGAAUAUUGGAACAGACAGUGCCCAUAUAUUUUUAUCCAUGGGUCAUUCUAGCCUAGGAAUUACUAGUGGAACCCUCAGAAGUUAACAACUAUCAUAGGGGCUUGCUUAGUAAAAGCCAGUAAUAUAAUAAAAUACUGAAGGAGUACUAGAGUCUGAAUAGGUAGAAUGACAUUUUAAUUCUGGUAACAAUUUCCUUGCUAUUGGCCGCUGAUAAAGGAAAUGUAACCCCUGGCAGUAAUCUCUUUGAGGCUGUGUUACUAAACUUAAUCUUACUUUUGUGUAUUUGUUUUCCAAGGUGGACUUAAGUUACUAUGUUUCUCUUUUUCAUUUUUACGAUUGUACAGUUUCUUUACCUUUCAAGUAUAAAUGUAUAUAUAUAAAAUGUAAAUACAAGGAAUUCACUAAAACCACUAUUAACAAUUACUGUGUAAAUAAAACUUAUAAGCAGAGUAAUUACUUGAAAUUAGUCAUUAUUAUUUUAGGUUAUCUGGUUCAUUUAAUUACAUUUGAGGGGGGGGAAAGAAUAACCUUUUUUGCCAAAUUUCUCUAAGUACUAGGUCUUCAGUUUCUUGAGACAGAUAGUACUGCUAGCUAAGAUAUGUACUGUAUCUUCCCUUGAACCUUAGAUGCAGGUAGUAUGUAUGGGUUUAUUCACAUUGACAGUUUAUGACUAUUUUUCAGUUAUAGUAUAUUUUGAAUUAAAAAUAACUCUUCCUAAAAUCUGCAAAUGUGAAAUUUAAUAAUAUGGUGUUUUGUUUCUAUUUACUCAAUAUAUAUUUCUCACUUUAAUCUUUCUUCAGCCCGUGUCUACAUUAUAUUGUUUAAAUACUAGUAAGACUCCAAUAACUAGCUUAUUUUUCUGAAGUCAGCUCUUGCUGAUUUCUUUUGCAUUGAUGACCUUCAUAUAAGAGUAUUCAGUAUAUUUGUUUGACUUUAUGGAAAUUAGUGUUGGGCCCUCCUGGUGGUGUAGGGGUUAAGUGU